UUACAGCAGCGACAUAUCGAGGGAGGGUGACGACCGAAACUAAUCAAAAAGGGCCGUCCAGCACCUGAACCAUCAAUCGGGUUUGGGAGUGAAGGCGAUUAAUCAGCCUGCGGUUAACCUUCGGAAGAAACGCGGAAGCGUAAUUCAACGUCAUUUAAAAAAACAAACUUAUAAUCGGUGACAACAUGGCUGAGUGUAACGUUAGCAUCGACAAGAAUAAACUACCUGGAGUGAAAGAGGUGUGCCGAGACUUUGCAGUGCUGGAGGACCAUUGCCUGGCCUACAACCUCCAGGAACAAGAAAUCGAGAGCCACUUGGCGUCCAACGUCAAUAAGAGCCGUCUGGUGCAGAAGGACCUGCUGGUCGCCAAGAAGCUGCAGCAGGAGGAGGACCAUAGGGCCAAAGUGCAGAACCAGAAACAGCAUGUCGAAAUUGAGCGCCAAGAUAAUGAGAUAGCCCAAGAGAUUCAGGAUCAACUGGUCCAACAGGCCGAACAACAACGGAAGCAGGAAGAGAAGGAUGCGGCUAUCGCUCGUAAAAUGCAGGAGAAGGAGAUGAAAGAGGAGAAGAGGAGACAGAAGCAGCUGGAAACCAAAUUUGAGGAGGAGUACUUUGAGGAUCAUGGAGCUGCAAGAAGACCCCUUGACUUGGACAAACACAGUCGUCACAAAUCCCCUGUCCAACAUGAUGCGUACGCUCCAGUGAGCUCACACCGGGAUUUCUCCCCAGAUUACAGCUCCACAGAGCCAAAAAGAAGCAGGUACCCGAGACAGGACCCAGCAGCACCCCACAGCCGCUCCAAAUACCCUGAGCACUAUGUCGGUGCAGAAGGAGGGCGAAGCAGGCAUGCAGAUCCAUACCCAGAGCACCUGCUUCCCUCCUGGGGAAAGCAUGGAGACAAGUACACAUAUCAUGAGCCCAUAGAGACUGGCAGAGAGAGAGUAGUGAGGGGGAAGGAGAGACCAGCAAGACCCCCUCAGCCACAGAGCCUCAUAGAGAGAGACAAGGCAUGGGACAGAGAGAGGGACAGGAAUCGAGAGAAAGACAGGGGCAGAGACAUAGAGAGGGAGAGGGAGCGGCACAGGGGAAAAGAUCAUCGAAACGACAGGGAGCAGGACUUUAGAUCUGAAAGAAGAGACCAGGAAAGAUCUAGAGAUAGAGAACAUAGUGGGGAUGGAAAGAGAGAGAGAGAAAAGCAGAGACAUAAGGACAGAGAUAGGCAGGCAAGGACCAGGAGCAUGGAGAGAGGACUUGAAAAGGAUCCAGGGCACAGAGGGGACUGGCUGAAAGAUGGCAGGGCAUCCUGGGAGGAGGAGGGCGAUGAUGCUGAGAGAGAGAGGAGGGGCAGGGGCCGGCUGCGGGUCCACUCUGGCCCUGAAGAGGGGUUUGAUGAGCUUAGGGACAACACCAGGGAGUUGUUGGACCCCGAUCUGGGGGAAGAGCCCGGCAGGGAACGCAGCAAUACUCACCCCAGCGGAGAAACAGGUCGUAUUAUUUAUAGAGGGAGUGGAGCAGUAGUAGCAGAAACCGAGUACGGACUGAACGAGGCCACUAAGGGGUUAACAAAGCUUGAUCUCCAUGAGCUGGAGAUGAAGGACAUGGAGGUGGCCAGGAAACUGCAUGAGGAGGAAAUCAAGGCAAGCAAGAUGCAUGUACGUGCAGCCCAAGUGGCACAGGAUGAGGAAAUCGCCCGCCUGCUGAUGGAACAAGAGAAAAAGGAGUACAAGAAGAAUCGAGAGCUAGAGAAAGAGAAGGAGAGAGAGCGGGAGAAAGAGAAAGAGCGAGAAAGGGAGAAGUUGGCCAUGGAGAGGAUGGUAGUGGAAAGGAGGCGCCUAGAGGGAGACUACAGGCCAGGUUCGGAGGAAGUUGUCAGACCUCGAACACGAGAGGAGCAUGAUCACCAGAGGCAGAGGAACAACAACAAGCCUACAAGGCCUCCGCAGCCACGUGCACACGACUACGAGAAUGUGAACUCUGGCUACGGCUACUCGGACCACCAUGGUCCCCCCCGAGCACCCAGCAGACCUGAGGCUGCUUACAAAGGUGCCUAUUACAAGCGGUGACUCAGGCUCUCUGCCAUGUCCAGACAUGCUGUCAGUCCUCCUUCGUCCUCCUUUAUUAAUUUAUCUUUUUGUUUUCAACCAUCCACACUCUGUUGACCAAAAGCCUUGGGACAAUCUCAUGAGUUGACAAUGGAAGUUUUUCUUCUUUUUUUAUACCCUCCAAAGUUGGCUCCAGAGCUCAACAAGUGGGAAUGAGUGCCAAAACCACACUCAACCGUUUUCUGUUUUUAUAUAGUUAGAAAUCAUGAUUUAAUAUAAGUAUUUACUUUAACUGACUCCACUUUAAAAAAAAAAAAAAGCCAAACUAUCAGCCUUGUGACAUAAUCUACCAUGAUUCUUAGCUGUUAAAAUCGAGGAACUGGCACUUCACCUGCUGUGGUUAUGUGCUGCUGUUCGUCGUCCCGUGUGUGGACCAUGCCAUCACAAGGACUCAAGGCCUCUGCUGGAAACAACCGUACAAUCUCAGUUAUCCUCGUGACUUCUUCAUGGAAUGUGCCUGUCUGCUCCAUCAAGGCUGCUACAGUGUCUUACAUAGCAACAUGGCAGCUGCUUUGUUACACCCAUGCACCCUUAAGUUCUGCUCUCAUUUCUUGCUCUGCAUUGAGGAUACUAUGAAGGCAGACGUUUCUGUUUCCUUAUUGAAACGAGACAAAAAUAAGCCUUUAUCAAUGUGCUGGUUGUUUUUGCCACCUUGUUCCAGUACAGAGGAGGCGGAGCUUUGUGGUGAUCCAUGGAUUUUAAUUGGCUUUAGGUUGUUUUGUUUUUUUUGCUUGUGAGUGGGAAUUGUUUUUAGCCCCACCACCCUUAAACUGAAGUGGGUGGAUGAAAUUCUGUGUCGGACUCACUGUUUCUAUGUGCAUGCUUACUGAAAGUGUACAACUGUGUACAUGCAUUUCAGCUCUAUAUCAAACGAUCCAGCUCCCUUUUUUAUAUCCUCAGAAAGGGCUUAAGCUACAGAAAGCCAAAACUCAUCUCUUUCUGAAUAAGUAAAUUAUUUUAGUUCUUAUACUUCUGAACAAUAUAUCACUUUUCUUCAUAUCAUUUAGAAAUCAAAGCCAGUUCCAAAAUUGAAAUGCAUGUACAUCGCUUGUCUGCUGAUGAAUCUGAAUUCUUGCUUGUGCUUUUGGUGCAGACGUUGUACGAUUGAAUAUGUGUUCUUGUUUUAUUUAAAUGUAAAUAUCCAUUUUUUUUCUAUUUUGUUUUGUUACUCAUGCAACCAAAUCCUGUUUCUCAUUGUGCAAAGUACAAAGCCUCUUUCCCUUGUGUCUCACUAAAGGGAGCUUUAUUUUUUAUUUUUUAUACAAUAUUUUGUUGGUUUUUCCUUAGAUAGUUAAUUUUAAAACCAUUCCCCCUGAGCGUUUCUGCCGUUACUUCCAAAACUCUUUUCUUUGUCUCUGAACUCCAAAACAGACAUCACUUCCUGUCUGCAGAAAAAGCAAACACUCAACAAUGGAAGAGAUAUUUGCAGGAGGGAAAUCCUUCACAGGGUCAGCUAGAAAACUUCACUGAAAAAGGGACCUUUUUUUUUUUUUUUUUUUUUUUUUUACUGCUCCAGGAUCAAUUUUGAUUUGUUCAUAUUGAAUAAGGAUGAAAAGGAAAAUUAAGCAUAUUGGAAAAUAGAGAAGCACAUUCAUGUUUGUGGCGACAAGUGAAUCAUUCUUUAAACAUUUGCUGCGUUCAGGUUGUGUUGUUAAAAGUGUUGCUGAAAUUAUAAUUCCACUCUUAAAAUUAUUCCUUCCCCGUUUAGAGUUCAUAAAAAAUUCACUUUUCUUUAGGUGUGAGAUGUUUGGGCUGCUGGGGACAGGUGUGCAGCUGUAAGUGAAUUAUAUUAUGUGAGAAAUGCUGUUGACAGAAUGAGAUCUGUGCCAUAUGUUUUUAAUGUUUUCAGGGACAUAUAAAUUGUAAAAGCUUAAAGUAGUUGUGGUUGUAGCAGAGCUACCACACCCCGAAGUGGGAUUCAUAAUUUAUUCUUUGGUGGGAGUGCCACCUUGUGGACUUGGAGACAAUUGGAGAGAAAAAACAAGUACAAAAUAGAUCUGAUCAGGAUGCGUCUUUGUGUAUUUGUGGAUGUUGUGCAUCACACAUUACUUUGGAAUUGAGUGCUGUCUUCAUCAAACAUCUAGUUAUGUUUUUAAUUUUAUUUAAUCCAGGGCUUGUAUGCAAUCUUCCAAUCAUGAAUCAACACAUACUCUAUGUGUUGGCACUUGCUGUAACAUAAUUCUUUUUAAAGUAAAAUGACAUAAGUUGCUUUUACUUAAUGCAUCUUUAUUGCAAAUGUAAUAAACUGUAUCAGCAUUU